CCUGCUCAUCCCUCUGACAUACCCGCUUUCCCUUCUCACACCAGACUUUUCCCCUCCAAUCCCAUCCAAACUCCCUACUUGCGCCUGCUGUCCUCCCGCAUCGUGCACAACACAACCAACAAAAACAACAAUGUCCUGGACCCAAAAGACCUUCACCCUCCCCUCCCAGAGCCGCGGCUCCUACCUCAUCACCGAUACCAUCCUCCAAGAACUCCCCGAGAUGAAAACCUACAAAGUCGGCCUCCUCCACCUCUUCAUCCAACACACCUCCUGCGCCCUCUCGCUCAACGAAAAUUGGGAUGAGGAUGUCCGCGCCGACAUGUCCGACGCGCUUGACCGACUCGCGCCGCAGGAUCAGAAGGGGAAAUUGUAUCGACACAGCUGUGAGGGACCGGAUGAUAUGCCCGCACACAUCAAGAGUGCGCUCGUCGGAGCGAGUGUGAGUGUGCCGAUUUCUGAGGGGAAAUUGGCGACGGGGACGUGGCAGGGGAUUUGGUAUUUGGAGUUUAGGGAGAGUCGGAUGAAAAGGAAGGUUGUUGCUACUCUGCAGGGGGAGAAGUAUGAGGGGAAGUGACUUGGUGGUGAAGAUGGUGGUGGUGGUGGUACCACGACAAGAGAGGAGGCGAAAGGAAGACUGUGAUGGCUUGGGAGUGGUGGGGUGGGAAGGCUUAUGAUGAUAUGAAAACAAGAUGAAAAGAUGAUAAGAUGAUGAGAUGAGAUAUAUGCAUUCGUGUUGAGUAUAUCCUUCUACGAGGACUCUGGUCAUGCAUGCAUUAUGGAUACUGUGCUUCUGGGCUCUAGUCACAGUCUCAAGAUCGCUUGCAUAAGACAGCCUUCGACGAGGACCUCCAAAAUCGCCGCACACUGUCUUCACUUCCUAUAUGCAUACAUGGUAUGUAUCCUAUUGCAGGGAGUGUAACAACCUCGAAAGCUUCGCAGCCGGCAGUCUCUAUUCUACUCCAGCUCUACAACAAAUGUCUCAGGUCUACCAAUGUUGUUGCGGUCAGCGCGCGGAGAAGCCGGCCGGCAGCCGUAGUGGGCCUACCGCUGAGAGCUCGACAGCCCUGGUCAAUGCGAGGUCUAUGGAAUAUUCACGGCACGAUGAGGUAUGGUACGAGCCGCCUAUCUAGCUAUGUUCCUUCCUAUUCGUAUCCUGUCCCGUUCACGCUCAGUCGGUGGAGAUGCUCGUGCAUCCCAAAAAGCGCCAAAGAGGCAGUCGGGUGCGAUGCGUGUGGAAGGCAAUCGUGUUCAUGUACCACACAUAUGGCUCAUACGGCUCCAUAGGCCGAUCAGGGUCGUCUGUCAUUUGCCAGGCCAGAGCAACUGACACACGAUGUUGGUUGGUAGUGAGCUGGCCGAAACGAAAAUGCCUGUCCAAUGCAGCACACACUCUCUCCAGCUUCUUCCUCCCCCGAUGCAGCUGAAUUUGCGAGAACUUCAUACAUACCUUUUAAGGAGGCUGCAGAACCCCCAAAAGAAAUUCCACCAAAUCUG